AUGAGGGAUGUGGCACAAAAUUUCUAUCAUAAGGAGGUGGGUAACGGUCGUCAAACUUCUUUCUGGUUUGAUAAAUGGUCGGAUAAGGGGCGGUUGUUUGAUCUCUUGGGUGAUCGAGGCAUGAUUGAUACAGGGGUGAGAAAAGAUGCUAGUCUGGAGGAAGCUGUUCGGUGUGUUAGGAGAAGAAGGAAGCACAGAAAUGUAGCUCUUAAUGAAAUUGAAGCUGAGCUAAAUAUGGUGAAGGAGAAGUUGAAACAUAAUGUAGAGGAUGUUAUCAAGUGGAAAGGGAAAGCUGGCUAUAGGGAAAGCUUCUCCACGUCUGAAACUUGGGUGAUGACCAGAGAAGCGUACAGUCCAUGUUCCUGGGCAAAAGGUAUUUGGUUUUCUCAUGCGACGCCAAAGUUCUCUUUCAUCACUUGGCUGGCGAUGUUAAACAGACUAGCCACCAUGGACAGGAUUUCUAAGUGGAGUCUGGGUGCUGACACAACUUGUGUAUUAUGUAAGAAUGCUGUCGAGACUAGAGAUCACUUAUUCUUCCAAUGUGACUACUCCUCUCAGCGUUGGAAGCAGCUCACUCAUGGUAUCUUACGUAAUGCUCAUUCGAACAGUUGGUCUGCUAUCAUAACUCUUUUAUCAGAUAACUCUAGGGGAGUGAAGAGUACUUUCUGUGUCAGAUACUCUUUUCAAGCAGCCAUUUAUGCAUUGUGGAGGGAGAGAAACAGGAUCAAGCAUGGUGAAAAGCCUACGGCCAUUGCUAGGUUACAGAAGCUUGUGGAUAAGGUAAUAAGGAAUAAGCUUAGCUUGUUGCAAAUGCAGAGAAGGAGAGGCAUGGUGGAUGGUCUCCAAUUUUGGUUUGGUACUAGAGUGUAG